UAAAACUUGAGUUAUCUUUUCUUUAAUUUUGAAGGACUUGAGCGUCUUUUAUUUACCUACUAAUUUCAUAAGCGGUUUUCCCGCUUUUAUUUGGUAUAAAAUUGCAUGCUUUUCGUGAAUUGUUCAUUGCGUGAUUUGAACCGAAGGAACACAAAAGGACAGGAUUCAGACAUAAGAUAAGUACCUAUGUUUUAGUAAUAGAUAUAGUUGUUGCAGUUGAAUUUUCCGAAUGAUUUUAUUUCUGUAAUUUAUGACGAAUAAUUUUAUUUUUAUUUGAAAGUUGUUCUUGCAAUAGUUUGGUUCUAAUUCAAAUUAUCGCGUACUUGGAUAGCAUUUAUACGGAGUAGCUAUUAUUUAAUAGUUACAUUUGUGCACACAUAUAUUAAUCAUUGAAUAGCAUUAAAAUUAAAAUGCUUUAACACAGGUGAUAUAUUUGUAUUGAUUGUAAUGUAUGAGCGAUAUUCUUUAAACAGGUAAUUACAUGUUGUAGUGUAAGCCGUAUUAACAUUUACAUGUCCGCUAAUGUUUAAUUUGAUACACGUUCUUCUUUUAUAAGUUAUUAAUUUGCGGAUAAUUAAUUAAGCUUGGUUAUUUAACUUGCCGUUUAUAGCGACGUUUUAUUUGGUUAAAAAGAACAUUAUACUUGUUUUAAUUGUGUUUUCUUGCCAACUUCAGUUGUUUUGAUUGUAAUGUAUGAACGAUAUUCUUUAAACAGGUAAUUACAUGUUUGUAGUGUAAGCCGUAUUAACAUUUACAUGUCCGCUAAUGUUUUAUUUGAUACACGUGCAAUUUUUAUAAGUUAAUUGUAUUAAAUUACCAACUUCAGUUGUUUAAUGCAUUUCAAAUGUAUUAAGUUUAUUGAAGACAACGUAGUGGGUUAUAUGUGGUAUUUAAUUUAUCUAAAUUGAAUGAUUGAAUAAGAACCUGAAUUUAUAUUUUGAAAUAUGAUUAGGGCUUUUAAUACUUGAUGUAUGUAUCUAAUCUGUUUUUAUAAUUAUAAUAGUUAAUAACAAUGCCAAGGGGUAGAGGUAGGCGUCGUCGGCAGGACCUGGUUGGAGGAGGUCGAGAACUUCGUCAUAGAAGGGCUCCUAGGGAACAACAGCAACCACCAGUUCGGAAUGAGAGAAGGCGUCCCCAAGUUGAGGUUGAUGAAGAUGCCCCUGUAGUUAGAAGACGGAGGGUUGAUGAACCUCAAUUAGUUGCCUUGCAACCAGAUGUAGAAUUACAAGAGAAUGAACCUCCAUUAGCUGCCUUAGCAAAAAAUGACAUUUGGAUCAUUGGUUCAUCUUUGGUAAAAAAGGCAUCUGAACACACUCAAACUAGAGCAACUGGUAUUGAUCUGGGUAUGGAAAAACUUGGUUACAGUGUUGUGUGGAUAGGUCAUUCAGGAAUGUUAUGGCAUAUGGUUCCUUCAAUUAUAACUGCAUUGUUGAAUUGGAGAUCGCAACCUUCAAUAAUUCUUAUUCAUUGCGGUGGUAAUGAUUUAUGUAACAUUCAAAAUGGUAAACUUUUAUACAAUAUUAAGGACACUUUACGUCAGUUAAUGUCAUCGUUACCAAACACAACUGUUAUUUGGUCAUACAUUUUGCCAAGACAAAUUUGGAGGAAUGCCAUGAAUAAAAAGGCAAUAGAACGAUCUAGAGCCCGUGUAAAUAGGGGUGUUAGAUCUUACCUACACAAAGUUGGGGGCAAGGCUAUUAAACAUACUGAUUUUGAUGAUAUCCAUCCAACUCUUUUCGCUAAUGAUGGCGUACAUCUGUCAUAUAUUGGCAAUGACAUUUUUAUUAAUGCUAUUCAGUCAGCAUUAGAGUUGUUCAUUAAAUAUCCAAACAGAUUUUUAUAUCCAGAUGAACUUUAAAGUGUUCUAAUUUGUAAGCCAUCGUGCAUGGACUCAUGAAGUUGUAUGUCAGUUGAAUAUUUUAUUCAGUUGUUAAACGCAUGUAUCAAGUUGAAAGCUCUGUUGAAGAUACAACAUUUUUGUUGUUAGUUGUAAAUACAUAGUUGAAUAAUUUUUGUUGUUGUGCAAGUUGUUUAUACUGUUGUAUAGUAAAGUUGAUUACUUCUUUGAACUGUUGUUAUUAUAGUUAUACUUCGUUGAAGUGUUGUAUAGUAUAGUUGAGAUACUUCGUUGAACUGUUGUAUAGUAUAUUUGAUAUACUUCGUUGAACUGUUGUAUAGUAAAGUUGUUAUACUUCGUUGAUCUAAUGUUUAGUUGUGAACUUUGUUUGAAUUGAUAUGUUUGUUCAAAACCUAGAAUUUUUCAUUUGUUUUGUGCGUUAAAAUUAAUUUUUGUCAUGGAUUGAUAAAUUUUGUUGGCGAUGCUUACAAACAAGUUUGUUAGCAUUUGGCUGAAUUUAUUACAGUUGGCGUCUGGUAGCCCAGUUGCCAUUUGGAGAAAACAUAUGAUGGUUGCCCUUCAAUGUUUUUAUCUUGGACAUUAAUGAGACAUUGUCAAUGAAUGCAAGUUCAUAGGCCGGUUGAUGAAUAGUUGAACUGUCCUAAUAAAUCCAUGACAAAAAAUUGCCAAAAAUUCAAACUUACUAUUUGUUGUUUUUUAUUAUGAUUAUUAUUUAGUUUGUCUUACAAUUUAUAUUUAUUUGUAUAACGAAGGUAAUCUGGAGUCAUUGGAAAUAUUACGAGUGAUUUCAAUGGAUUUGGGUUAUCUUUUAUCUGGUAUAUCGAAUUCCUAAAAUCUAUAUCUGUUGGUUUCUUUCGAAUAUUUAAUAAUAAGAUUUAAUCAUUAAGCAUUAAAUCAAUUUAAUAAAUUAAGAUUAUCGUCUGCUAAAACUUGAGUUAUCUUUUCUUUAAUUUUGAAGGACUUGAGCGUCUUUUAUUUACCUACUAAUUUCAUAAGCGGUUUUCCCGCUUUUAUUUGGUAUAAAAUUGCAUGCUUUUCGUGAAUUGUUCAUUGCGUGAUUUGAACCGAAGGAACACAAAACCCACCCUAUCCCACCCUUGAGAAUUUUUUCUGCUCUCUGUUGUAUAUUUUCAGAUAUUGUUAAAGAAGCGUCAUGGAUUGGACAGAAUAUGAACUGAAUAUAUUGAUUUACUGAAUGGCUGAAUUUAUUACAGUUGGCGUCUGGUAGCCCAGUUGCCAUUUGGAGAAAACAUAUGAUGGUUGCCCUUCAAUGUUUUUAUCUUGGACAUUAAUGAGACAUUGUCAAUGAAUGCAAGUUCAUAGGCCGGUUGAUGAAUAGUUGAACUGUCCUAAUAAAUCCAUGACAAAAAAUUGCCAAAAAUUCAAACUUACUAUUUGUUGUUUUUUAUUAUGAUUAUUAUUUAGUUUGUCUUACAAUUUAUAUUUAUUUGUAUAACGAAGGUAAUCUGGAGUCAUUGGAAAUAUUACGAGUGAUUUCAAUGGAUUUGGGUUAUCUUUUAUCUGGUAUAUCGAAUUCCUAAAAUCUA